AUGCCGAAACAACGCGCUGUUCUGGGCUUGCGAAUUGGCCCCGGGCGAAUCUCGAUGCUCCUCGUCAGCCUCGGACUAUUUGCCCUGUUCACCCUCAUUUUUACGCUGCCCAGCGCCAUACCCACCGGCCCGAGCCUCUCGAAAACCAUAGCCGACUCCAAGGCCACUAUACCGAAGUACAAAGAUAAAAUCUCCUCGAGUAUCCUGAACCCCUUCCGGUCGGCGGCGCACAAGCCACCAGAGCAGAAGAACUCGGAAUAUGGCGGAAGUUCGUGGUAUUCAGAUUGGAACUGGAGGAACCCCUUCUCUUCGUCCGUCACUCUGGACGAGAACCGAUCGCUUCUGCCGCCGUUGAAAGAACGAGCGCCGAUAUAUGCCUACUACGAUACGACUAUCGAGCGGGAUGCUGCAACCAAGGAGGCCGAGAGUGCGCUGCUUUUGACUUGGAGACGGGCAUGGUGGGCGCAAGGGUUCAAACCCGUCAUCUUGAGCGUAGCGGAAGCCACGAACAAUCCCUUGUACCACGAGUUACAAGGAAUGGAGGUGGAGCCCACUUUCAAGAAGGAUAUGAUGAGAUGGCUGGCCUGGGAGAACAUGGGAGGUGGACUGCUGUCACACCACCUAUUGUUACCCAUGGCAGCUCGUCAAGACCCGCUAUUGUCAUUCCUCAGAAGAGCUGAAUACCCGGCCUUGACAAGGUGGGAAGGCCUCGACGAUUCUCUAUUCGCUGGUACCCUGACCGAAAUCACGACGGCCAUCUCCCAGGCUCUUCGAAAUCCCCAGAAGAAAUCAGCUAAGGAUUUGAUUUCGGCUGUCUCGAGCGACACCUUCCAGGUCGACCCCUCCCGCGAGUCACUUGCUUUCUAUGGCGCCAAGAAUGUUGCAAAGUCUUACCCCAAGGUAUCAGACGAGCAGACGGCCGACCACGCACGGGGCUUGAAGAGUCUCAAUCUUCUCAUCAACUCUCACCUGCAUAACACCUGGCAGCACCUCUUCAGUGACGGAAUUGCUGUCCUCAAGCCUAUGCCGACCCAUACGAAUGUGAUGAUCGAACCAGCAUUGGAACUCGCCACGAGACUUGCUUCAUGUAGUGACUCGCCAGUUCCGGCCUCGUGCCCACCAAACCUACCAAAGUGCGUGCCAUGCGUCUCGUCACACCCCUUGAAGGUCUCGACGCCAGCGCGCUACCGCAAUAAGACGGCAGUCUACACCAUUGGUACCGUGCCCCACCCAUAUACGCUACGCACUCUCGAGGAACUACGUGAAACUAUCGAUGUGGCCUUUAUUCGGCGAGACACGAAACGCGACAACUGGCUUUAUGUCGUGUUUCAGGAACUUCUCGGCACCGGCAUCUCUGGCUCUGCACGUGUGCUCCGAUUCAAAGAAGCCGUGGCUGGAGAAUUCGCAACAUCCCACUCCCUCUGGCUGACUGGAGAGAAAGAGACCCUGCCUCACGAUCUUGACUGGUGGUUCGGCUUUGCCCUCCCGCCGAAUGGCACCGAUGACGGCAAGUCGGAGACCCCCGUCCCGGGCCCAGAGCGGAGACCGAAGCCGAAGCAUGACCCAGCGGAUGGGCCGAUACCAGACGAUUAUCAACUGACCCGCGAGCCCGGGCUCUUGAAGAGAGCGCGAGAGGUGGAGAAGAGCAAAGAGGCCAAAGACGUGCGGAUAAGAGAAGCCAUCGAAGCGUGGAAUCUCGCGGACACUGAAGCCUGGCGGUUUGCCAAGGCGUUUUUGGCACGCUCGAGGGUCCAGAGAGAGCAGUGGGAAGAGGAGGAGAGCAAGUUUGCUGACGGCGCGGGUAGAGAUACAACAGAUGGUGGAAGACGAAGUAGUUGGGCACGUUGGAGCGACGGCGGCGACGAAGACGAUGAUUAG